AUGCCGGGACCCCACACAAGGCCCACGCCCCACGCCCCCUUCCUGCAGGAUAUCCGGUUUAGGGAGCGGAGCUCGGCGCGGGGCGCUGUCCGCGGCUCCAGUGAGCCCUACAAGACGGAGGAAGCCGAGGCCAAUGGCUACAGCAGCGGCGGCCACAGCCCAAGUGCGGACAGCGGGGAUGAGGGCGCCGCGGCAGCGGCCAAGCCCAAGCGGAAGCGCACAGGCUCCGACUCCAAGUCAGGGAAGCCGCGGCGUGCGCGCACUGCCUUCACCUACGAGCAGCUCGUGGCGCUGGAGAACAAGUUCAAGGCCACACGCUACCUCUCUGUGUGUGAGCGCCUCAACCUGGCGCUGUCGCUCAGCCUCACCGAGACGCAAGUGAAGAUCUGGUUCCAGAACCGCCGGACAAAGUGGAAGAAGCAGAACCCGGGUGCCGACACCAGCGCGCCAACCGGCGGCGGCGGGGCUGGCGGGCUGGUGUGCGCCGCGCAGCUGCCCUUCCUCUCGGGCCCGGCUGUGCUGUCCCCCUUCGUGCUGGGCUCUCAGACCUACGGCGCACCCGCUUUCUACGCACCGCACCUCUGAGCCGGGCCGGAUGCGAGGUGGGAAGAGAGGGGCGCUUCACCGCUCAUCCUGCGGAUCGGAUCCAGGGCGAUCCUGCACUCGGCCGUGCCAAGGAAGAGCUAAUUUC